CAAGAAAAAACCUUUCCAUUGUGGAAGCCCCCGCAGCCUUUCCCACUUUUCCCAGACUAACUUUCCCACGAAGAGAUACCCACACCCGCUAAUUUCUCUUGUCUACGGAUCGGAUCUGUUGACCCAAACUCUACCGGACCAUGAGCUCUGGCUCAUCUACUGGCGGUGACGUCCCGGGGACAGGAUCCACCACCAAGGAAUGUUCGACGUCGUCGUCCGUUGACAAGCAGAAGGAAAAGGCUAGGGUGAGCAGGACCUCGCUCAUCCUCUGGCACGCGCACCAGAAUGAUGCCGCGGCGGUCCGCAAGCUCCUCGAAGAGGAUCCGUCUCUCGUCCGCGCUAGGGACUACGACAACCGCACCCCGCUCCAUGUGGCGUCUCUCCAUGGAUGGAUCGACGUCGCCAAGUGCCUAAUUGAGUAUGGCGCCGAUGUCAACGCGCAGGACCGCUGGAAGAACACGCCUCUAGCUGAUGCAGAAGGAGCUAAAAAAGCCAGCAUGAUUGAGCUUUUAAAAUCAUAUGGUGGAUUGUCUUAUGGGCAAAAUGGAAGCCAUUUUGAGCCAAAGCCUGUCCCGCCUCCUCUGCCAAACAAGUGUGACUGGGAAAUUGAUCCUUCUGAGCUGGACUUCUCAAAUGCAAGUGUUAUUGGAAAGGGAUCAUUUGGUGAGAUCGUAAAGGCCUCUUGGCGAGGAACACCAGUAGCAGUCAAACGCAUUCUUCCAUCACUCUCAGAUGACAGACUGGUGAUCCAGGAUUUCCGGCAUGAAGUAAAUUUGCUUGUGAAGCUUCGCCAUCCUAAUAUAGUCCAGUUUCUGGGAGCUGUCACUGAGAAGAAGCCACUUCUGCUAAUAACUGAGUACUUAAGAGGGGGUGAUCUUCACCAGUACCUCAAGGAAAAGGGUGCACUUAGUCCAUCAACAGCAAUUAACUUUUCACUGGACAUUGCCAGGGGCAUGGCUUAUCUUCACAAUGAGCCAAAUGUCAUUGUUCACAGAGAUCUAAAACCCAGGAAUGUACUUUUGGUCAACUCCAGUGCAGACCAUUUGAAAGUUGGUGACUUUGGACUAAGCAAGCUUAUCAAGGUUCAGAAUUCUCAUGAUGUCUACAAAAUGACUGGAGAGACUGGGAGUUACCGUUAUAUGGCUCCCGAAGUUUUCAAGCACCGGAAAUAUGAUAAGAAAGUUGAUGUUUUCUCUUUUGCAAUGAUCCUAUAUGAGAUGCUUGAAGGAGAACCGCCAUUCUCUAAUUAUGAGCCUUAUGAAGCAGCUAAGUAUGUGGCAGAUGGACAGAGGCCCCUUUUCCGUUCUAAAUCAUACCUCCCUGAACUGAAAGAUUUAACAGUGAAUUGUUGGGCUGCCGAUAUGAAUCAAAGACCUUCGUUCUUGGAGAUUCUCAAGAAGCUCGAAAAGAUCAAGGAAAAUUUAACUCCAGGUCACCAUUGGAACGUAUUCAAUUCAUAGUAUUUAAUUAGAUCAAUAAACUGAUGUUAUGCAUGCUACCUCUAGAAGUCGCCUCCUGCUGUCCCAUUUGUGCGGAUGGUCUUGUGAAUAGACUAUGUUUAAUUAAAAGCUUGUGAUAAAUAUUGCAUACUAGCUCUCCUGCUAUUUAUUCCGAAUUUUCAUGUUGAACAGGGGAGAUCUUGAAACACCUUAGUCCACAAUACUGUGGUUGUAAAAGUCACAUACAUAUUCUAAAAUUGUAAUUCCUAGUGGUCUCAAUUGAUGAUGAGGAAAGAGAUGACUUAUUUUUCUUCGCUCCUUUUACCUUUUUGUAUCUCAUUUGCAAACUUUUGAUUAAAAAAAAAAAAUUUCC